AUGGUAUCCAUGAAAGUUCCAGACCGUCUUAGCAUUAUGACCUAUGUAUCUCAGUAUUACAAUAUUUUCCGCAAUUCCAACCCAGCUGGAGUUCCUCAGUUCAAACAGACCUCCGCACUGCAGCAAGGAGAGAGCCAGGUUACACACCCUCAGGGUAGUUUGGAUACCACAAGUACAGCCACUCGGGUGGCACUGAGCAGCACCUGUGCCUUAUGCCAGCAACAUGUUCACCUUGUACAGAGGUGCUUAGUAGAUGGAAAGCUGUAUCAUCGGCAGUGUUUCAGGUGUAAAGAAUGCUCCAGCACUCUGCUUCCUGGUUCUUAUCAACCCGGUCCUGAGACUGGCACGUUUGUGUGUACCCACCAUCAUCGGCCUCGGCCAGGCAUUAGCAGUCCGGAGUCUGCUGAAGAAAAUUCUGUACAAAAUGCAGUCCAAAGCCCACCUAAACCACGUGCUCCUCCAAAACCUCCUCUUCCGAACAAACCUCAAAAGGAGCUUGUUACAGAUGGUGUACAAGACACACGACCUGUGCCAGCACCAAGGAGGACAAGUGAUGUAGCACCUCAGCCUCUGCCUCGAGCUCGAUCAGGUGCAGGACAGAGCCCUGCAAGACCAACAAGUUUUGUGAAUGGUGAGCAGCAGAUAUCAACUCCACCAGUCCCUAAGCCGAGAGGUAGACAGAGGUCUGUGGAAAGCCUGUCACUCAAGUGGUCUGGCUUCCCGUCUGUCUCAUUCAGAGCCUCCAUCUGGCAGCCCAUCACCAGCUCUAAGCACAGAGAGCCUUCCCACAGAACCUUCCAUGAAGGAUCACGAAUCAGAAAAUGUUCCUAA